AGUGGGACAGAUACGGAGACAGAAAUACUACCAGUGAUGCCAUACGGGUCAUGGUUCAUCGACAGCAAGACGAAGAUGCCAUCUUUCAAGAUCAAAGGGUUUGUAUUUCAAGAAGAACGUCCAGUUGAAAAACCUGGACGCACGUCAAUGGUUUCAACUACCAGCGCCAAAUCUUCUUCUAGCGCCGGUUAUGUAGGGCUACCUGGUCCGUUUCCACUGCCAGGCAAAACAUUCCGCUCUAGACUAUCGACAGUAUCCUCGGCCUCCUCUGCCAGCAGCAACCCAGCCUGGGAUGGACCGUUUGUAAAACCUUUUCCAUUACCUGAAUCAAAGCAGAACCAGAAUGUGGUUCUUUUGUGUGGAAAGUGUGAUCAUAACUUCCCCGUCGACCGACAUGCUCAUUCUAGCCCAGUUGUAAAUGGCAGUUCACCAGUGAUUGAAGAAGAAAUCUCGGACGCAAAGACCCUUACUCCUAGAAGAGGACGAAAAACAAGUAGUGCGGCAGGCAGUACUGUGUCCAGUGGACAAUUAGAAGAAGAAACUUCCAGUUCUGGAGCCCAAGCUGCCCCCCAGGCAUCCAGUACCCCCACCAUGCAGUCCAGAGGACGAGUGAAGAGCAGACGGAAACAGGACACAACUCCUCUCAAGUCGAAGAAAGAGGCGCAACCAUCAAAGACACCCAAGGCUGUGGGACGAAGAAACAGAAGUUCCAACACAGCCCAAACUGUGGGAAAAGGUGAGGGAGAGCCUGUGAUGGCCAGAUGGGGAGCUGAUGGUAUAUACUACCCGGGCUGGGUGUCCGAGCCUCUCACUGUAGCACAGGUGAAGGUUCAGUUCUGUGAUGGUCAGGUCAAGUCCACCCCGGUCUCCAAGCUUGUGAAAGCAGACAUCAUCACUCCAGGCACUCUGGUCCUUGCAGCCACUCAGAGUGGCGAGUACGAGGAGGCGUUGGUCGUCAAAGUCGACAUGAGCGGACCUGAGCCAGUAUACAUGGUGGAGAGAGACAAGUCCGAACGCGAGCUACAGUUUGACAGCAUUGCCCUAAAUCAGUCGGUUGUCACCGAGUUAACAGUGCCAGAGGCCCAGAAAGCCGCUGCUGCUGUCAAUUUUAAUGACCUCUCAUUGGAGAACAUCAUCGUACAUCCACGCAAGAGGUCAGCACGAACACCGGUGAACGGCGGUAGUGGACGCAAAAAGAAGCGGCAGACGACACCUCAACCAUGUACGAGUCAUGGUCAGACGUACAGUGGGCCUGAGGAAACUUAUGGCGACACUGAUAGUUCCACACAUAGCACCUGCAGUCUUGAUCUCAGAGGCAAAGAAAUAAAACCACUAGAUAUAGAGUGCUUCCCAGCUGAAACUACGAGAACAAAACUAGCUUACAGCCGAGGCAACAUGGCUUUCAAGAAGAAAGGGAAAGCUGAAGCUACAGUUGUCAGUGAUUUGGGUCCCAUACCAGAGCCGGGCAGUAACCUGUUCACAGGCUGUGCUUUUCUCAUUACCUACACGGACAGUGUGAGGAUUCGUGAAUUGAAUGAAUCCCCCAGAACAUCCAGUGCUGACGAUGUAAUAGGAACCAAGCAGCAAUUGUGGAGGAACAGAUUACAAUUGCAAAUAAGAAAUGGAGGGGGAAAAGUUUACAACUCUUUUAGUGAAGUUACCAAAGAAGAUCUGCCUAACACGUACCUGAUCACAGACAAACAGUGCAAUACUCCGCUCUACCUCCAGUGCCUUGUCAAUAAUGUCCCAAUCUACUCUCAUCAAAUCGUCAUCAUGUGUUGUGCAAAGAAUCGCCAGUGGAAGGAGGUGAUAGCGGGCCGAGGGGUGAAGCGCAUUUCGGGUGGCUACUCGCUGUCAAAUCGCUGUAUAGUCAACCCACGCAGUCUGACGCCGCUGCACAAAAGAAACCUCCUACUGGCGUUGUCCGGCGACCCCGCCCUCUCUGCGUUCUGGCAGAGCCUCAUAUCCAAGGCUGGCGGCUCAGUAGACCUUCACCCCCACGGACCAUUGAAAGACAACAAUUACGACGUGGUAGUAGCAGACACGGACUGCGACAGGGAGCUGGUGGCAGAGGCCUGCAGUGUCCAAGUGCCUCUAGUGUCUAUGACGUGGCUUCAUCAGGUCAUCAUCACGGGUGAGUGGCGUUCGCCCACCGAGCAUCCCUUGUACAAUUACAACAGUUGUGGCGAUGGUGACGGUUCUCCAGAGUACUAACCAUCAUGUUUUGCGUAGUCAACUUGGGAAUUUCACCGAAUAGCUGAUAUUUUAAACUUAAGUUUAAUAGAAAUAAAUCAGCUAUUCGGUAAAACUUUUCUGACCUCAAUACUGUUAAAUUUUGAUUAUUCGUCUCAGGGACUGAUGCAGAAAAUUUGUUGAUUUCCGUUGAGGUGAAAACCAUUUAUUCCCUCAUGUUUUAGUUUGGAAUAAGUAUGGAGAGAAUUGUACUUUUAGUACGGCACGAGAUUUAUGUUUACUUCCUGUUUUCCAGGACAGGAAUAGGAUGGGAUUUCCCUCCCAUUAAAAAUUAGAACCAAACAUUUUGAGUAAAAAUCUUUACAAAUGUAAAUAAGAACCAACAAAAUAAAUUUAAUUUGCAGUCUUCAUGGCACUGUUCUGUAAAAGUUUAACUAAAACUUUUAUUUUAAUGUUUUGUCAAUGCACCGCAAAGAUCAAAUAUAUAUUUCCCAAAAAUGUUUGAGUUUCAGGACUUGUUCACCUUUAGUUUCAAACAAUCCUUCAUCUUAAAAAGCAAUAUUAAAAACUGAUAGUUUUUUUCGUUUUUUUUCUUCUGUAGAAAUAUCUAUGAAAAUAUUUUAUUAGCUGAUAACAUCCAGUAAGUGAACUAAAAAACAGUAAAAAAAACCUAUGACUGAAUAAACAAACCUCUAAUAUGCAUAAUACUUAUUAUACUUAUUUAAACAAUAAUAAAGAUUGGAAAAUAUAGAAUGGUGUGCAUGAUUCAAAUAAAAAAUGAACAAGUAGUAUUUAAAUCUAUUGGAAAAAAGUACAAACUUUUCAUUGUUAAAAUGUGUUGUUAUUGCAGGUUUUUUGUGUUAUAUAUAUUUUAUUAUUUUAAGUUAUAUUACUUAAGUUAUACUAUUUAAGUUAGUUUAUUACUUAAGGAAGAAUAUGUCAGCGCAAAAAACGCAAACAAGGUGGUGCAAAGUAGCGUUUAAAAUAAUAUUUUGCGGAUUGGCAUAGCAUCCUGACUUGUGUUUUUAUGUCUUAUUGAUUAUUUUGGUUUUGGUUUAAACUGAAACAACACCACGCAAUGUUUGUGUUUUUACCUUAACAUGUCAAUAAUGUUAUUUUGGAUUUGUGUAUGUAUACCAGUACAUCUUGUACUUUUAAUCUAGAUAUCGUUGUUAUUGUUUUUCUGUUGUUAAAAAUCUCGUUGAUACAUUUUUAGUUUUUCAACAAUAUAAAUGUGGUUAUGAGAAUGUCACAAAUCUUGACAUCUGAAACAAAUUUUGAGUUUAAUGAAUGUAUUAAAAAAAACAAUAAUUCUCAGGUCUUAGUGUUAAG